AUGACCAUACAAUACGCAUCUGAUAACGCAGGAUCGCCGGAAAAUUCACCCUCCACUCUCGUCACGCCAUCCUCCGCCCCGGACAACUCUGAUUCUUUCACCAUCACCCAGAGGCAUUCAUCCCUCUAUCAAAUCCACCCUGAAGACUCGACAAACAACCGCCGGGGGCCUCGCCUGUUUCGACUAACUCUACACUCCCCGCUCAUACCACUUCCCUCCUCCGCACCGUCCACACGCGACCCCUCACCGAUGUCGUCCCUCACCGAAGUCCCCUCGGAGGACGCCUUCGCGCAGCACAUGAGCAAUGCCCCUCCCGAAACCCUCAUCAUUCUCUACUUCUAUGCUUCAUGGGCCGCCCCUUGCACACAGAUGCGCAAUGUCCUCAGCGCCCUCGCCUCUCAGUACCCCGCCACAACCCCACCAACAGUCUCGUUUGUCAGCAUUGACGCCGAGCAGUUGCCCGAUAUCUCAGAGGAGUACGAUGUGUCCGCCGUGCCGUUUGUCGUCUGCGUGAAGAACGGGGAGAUUUUGGAAUCCAUCAGCGGCAGUGACGCUAUCAAAGUUCGCGAUGCUAUCGAACGCCAUGUUGGUGGUGGCGCCCCCACCGAUGGUGGUCACAGAGCGCAUAUUCCUCCUCCUCUCUCGGCGGUUGCCCGUGAGAAUGGCCCUGUGACUGCCACCCAGCAGCCUGUUUCUACCUCCGAUGGCUCGGUUGGACCUGCCGCCAAUGCGGUCCCGGUCUCCGCUGACCCCGCUCUCACACCCGAGCAGUCGAAAGAAGCCCUCUUUGCCCGCCUGGGCGAACUUGUCAAGGCCGCUCCCGUCAUGCUCUUUAUGAAGGGUACCCCCAGUUCCCCGCAGUGCGGCUUCAGUCGGCAGCUGGUUGGCAUUCUACGUGAGCGCAGUAUCAAGUAUGGAUUCUUCAACAUUCUGGCCGAUGAGGAUGUUCGUCAAGGUCUGAAGGAGUUUGCGGAAUGGCCUACUUUCCCUCAAUUGUGGGUCGCCGGAGAGCUGGUUGGUGGUUUGGAUAUUGUCCGCGAGGAAAUCAAUGCAGACCCUGACUUCAUGGGAGAAUUCUCUGUCAAUAAGCCCGUAGCUUGA